CGCGCAGUGUGCGCACGCAAGACGCGCCUAGCGAAGCUUAAAGACUUGGCUUUUUUCCGGGACAUGAGACAAGAGGGUCCAAGACACCUGUCAGGAGGACUACACAUCCAACAGCUCCGCAUGAGUUCGCCGCUGUUUUUAGGUCAGCUGGUAGGGGUUCCUUUAGAGAUAAUGCACCCCACCAUGGAGAAAGACACAACUUACACCAAGAUCUUUGUCGGCGGGUUGCCUUAUCACACCAACGAUGCUUCACUUCGGAAAUAUUUCGAGACUUUCGGGGACAUCGACGAGGCGGUGGUGAUCACCGACAAGCAGACGGGCAAGUCCAGAGGAUACGGCUUUGUGACCAUGGUGGACAGGGGGGCAGCGGAGCGGGCGUGCAAAGACGCGAACCCCAUCAUCGACGGCAGGAAGGCCAACGUGAACCUGGCGUACUUGGGAGCAAAGCCUCGUAGUUCGCAGACGAGUCUCUCUGUUGGAGUUCAGCAAGUCCAUCCUACGUGGGCUCAGAGGCAAUAUGGACUCGCCCAGCAGUACGUCUACCCUCAAGCAUUCCUCCAGCCCAGCCUGGUGCUGCAGUCUCAACUCAGCCCCACAGCGGCAGCCCUCGCCUCCCCUUACCUGGACUACAACUCCGCCUACAGCCACUACGCCCCCACGGGACUGGAGCAGUACCCCUACACGCCUUCACCGUCGCCCUCUGCUGGAUACCUCAGCUACAGCUUCUCCCCCGGCACGCCGGCACCCGCUCUUACCGCCUCGCCGACCCCUCCGGCUGCCCUCCAUCCUCCUCCUCCUCCUCCUCCGCUGGCUGCACUCAGCACAGUGUCUGCCGCCCCUCAGGCCUUCCUCCACUACCCGCUGCACCAGCCCGACCGCAUGCAGUGAGCAGCUCUGAGCGGAGCUGGAGCUGCCGGACUGAUGAGUCGGAACUGUUGCGCUACGACCUGUGCCAUCAUCAGGAUGAGACUGGAGAAGCAGGGGGAGAGUGUGAUGUAAUCAAAAGGGCUUUCAGAAAGCACUCUCACUCCUGUCUUUUUUUAUAUUAUUGUUGUAAUAGUUAAUGAAAAUGUUCUACUGCUAUUGUCAUCAGCAUACGAUCUGAAUGUUUUUCAUAAGUGGCAAACGUCAGGAACCGGAAUGAGAUGACAUGGUAAUCCUCUGGAAGUUUCUCUCUUACCCCUGGCCCUCAGCGCUUUCUGCUGGAGAGUGAACGGGUAAAGACAAUGAGAAAUACGUCUGUUUGACAUGAUGCUGCGGCUGCAGUUUCUCCAAAGGUACUGGGCUGAACGCUGGACAUUGGCCAAGCCGUGAGCCAGUUCCUCUUUCAGAAAUGCAGGUCCAAUUACCUCCUCUUCAAGGUUACCUUUCUGUCUACGGCCUUAGAGAUCUCUCUGUACCUGGUUCAGUUUGUGUUAGUCAUUGUUAUUAGUGUCUCAUCUCAAAUGAACAAAAUGUUUAUUUUACUGCCUUUUGUCCACCGCUGGCAAGUUAUUACACAGUGAUAAUCACAGUUUAACAGAAUAUGCAAUUACGACGAUGAAGGAUGAGCAUGAAUAAGGUAGACAACACUGGUAUAUUGUUUUCUGUAUUGCUACUGCUACAUCAUUACUCAGUGAAAGACCUUGUUAACACUUAAAACACAAUAUUCAUCACAUAAGGUUCCUGCAGCAACUUAGGCUAUUUCUGACCUGCAACUUUUGGAGCAACAGAGUCUAGAUCUGGUGUUUGUGAUACUUAAAUUACAUUGUUGUCAAUACAUAUCAAGUAAAUGUCAAGAAGUAUGUUGUUGCUGAAUGUGUAUGUGUGUUUUUGCUGUCUUUUUCUGUGUGUAUGCGAGUGAGAGAGAAAUAGAGCGAUGCAGUAUACGCCAGUGUCAGGAUCGAGCUCCUUUUCCAGCCCAUUGUACUGGUCAGAGAUGUUUCUUUGUUAUGUUCUUUUUUUUUUUCCAGCUACAGAAUACAGACAGAUGCUUUAGCAAAGAUAUUGAAGUCCCACCGUGCUGUGGCACCACCUUAGUAGUCUUAAACCAAGCCAUACAUCACAUUUAAAACAAAUAUGCAAAAUAAAAAGAAUAUUUCUAAAUAA